GCAAAUGCAUGUACAACGGACAUGGAUUCCCGCUGCUCUUCCCUGGAUUUUUGCAAGUACAAAACGAAAUGGAGUUCGAACAGCCCCUGCAGAACCCUAAGUGUCAAGCUAUUCGUGUCAUCUACAAUCCAUUUUCCUCUUUUUCCCUCUCAUUCUGCUCUAUCAACACAGUUUAAAUCCCACGCUCAACAUACAAGCCUGCAACACAGUACAGAAAAACACACAACCCUUCUUGUGGAGACCUUCCAUGAAAACCGGAUACUGAAAACCUUAUUUGGGAAGCUCAGCCGGAUGAACUCAAACCCUCUUCAAAUUCUGCAAGAUGACGGAGAUUGGAGCAAAGACCAUUUCUGGGCUGUCAUGAGAUUCCUCAAAGAGACCUCUCGAUCUAAAGAGGCUCUUCAGGUGUUCGAUAUGUGGAAGAACAUAGAGAAGUCCCGAAUCAAUGAAGUUAACUAUGGGAAGCUUAUCGAGUUUCUAGGUGAGGUGGGUCUAAUGGACGAAGCAGCAUCACUGCUCCGAGAUAUGAAGAGUAAUGCCCUUAGUCCAUCUUUGGAAAUCUACAAUUCCCUUAUUCACGGUUUUGCUCGAAAAGGGGAGUUUGAUAAUGCCUUAUUUUAUUUUGAGGAGAUAGAGGAGAUGAAGUUGAAGCCCCUAACCAAAACAUACAAUGGGCUUAUUCAAGCUUAUGGGGAUUACAGAAUGUAUGAUGAGAUGAAUAGUUGUGUAAAGAGAAUGGAAUUGGAAGGCUGUGUCCCUGAUGAUGAUACUUAUAACGUACUAAUCAGAGAGUUGGCACGAGGUGGGUUGAUCAGAAGGAUGGAAAGAGUGUAUAGAACUCUCCUUUCAAAGCGGAUGAGUUUACAAUCUUCAGCUUUGAUUGCAAUGCUUGAGGUUUAUGUGAACCUAGGGAUUCUUGAGAAGAUGGAGAAGGCUUAUCGGAAGGUUUUGAACACCAAGACUCCUCUAAAUGAAGGUUUGAUCAGGAAAUUGGCUAGGGUUUAUAUUGAAAAUCACAUGUUCUCUCGAUUAGAGGACCUAGGACUUGACAUUGCUUCAAGAAAAGGGAGAACUGAUCUUUUUUGGUGCUUGCGGCUUCUUUCUCAGGCUUGUCUUUUGAGUAAAAAAGGCAUGAGCUCUAUUGCCUAUGAGAUGGAAAUAGCCAAGUCUUCUUGGAAUAUAACAGUUGCUAACAUUAUAGCACUAGCUUAUUUGAAGAUGAGAGACUUGAGGCUGUUGGAUGCAGUACUCUCAGAUAUUCAAACGAAAUCUGUCAAACCUGAUAUAGUAACUAUUGGAGUCUUCUUUGAUGCUGAUGAUGUUGGCUUUGAUGGGAUGAGGGCUUUAGAUGCAUGGAGAGGUAUGGGGUUACUAGAAGAAUCUGUGGCAAUGGACACCGAUCCUCUAGUCCUCACUGCUUUUGGCAAGGGACAUUUUCUUCGAAGUUGUGAAGAAAUGUACUCAUCUCUUGGACCUGAAGCAAGAGAAAAGAGAGUCUGGACUUAUCAUGAUCUGAUUGAAAAUGUGUUGAAACACAAUGGUAAGUCUUCCUUCCUGAGAGCUAAAACAGAUUGAGAACGGAUAGUUGGAGAGGAAUCGGAUGACAUGAUAUGGAUGAGCAACUCACAUAAGUUGCCAAAAUCAUCCAGGAUGGAAACCACCUUAUCAGGAUGCUCCUCUAUGUAGCCCUCUUGAGAACUGUCUUUGUAUACAUGUUUUUGGAUAGCCUGAAAUAUUAAAGACACAAUGAAUUUAGUUCCAUUAAA